AUGAGAACAUGGAACCCCGCCAGGGCUUCCGCAGCCGGGAUUUCCGCCGCAAGAGCCGCCGCAUUGCUCGGCGUGCUCUUGCUCCUCUCCUCCGCGCAUCCGGCGCAGUCGGAGCGUCUCCUUGGGUCGCUGCUGCGAUUCGGGCGCGAGUUCGCCGCGACGCGUCUCCGAUGGCGUACUAAUAAAGACACGCCUAUUCCCUCGCUCGCGCAGCUUUCACCAGAACCCGAUCCGCGCAUCGAUAACUACGACUUCGAAGCAGAUGCGAUCGACGGCGCCAGUCUCAACCUGCCACGUGGCCCGCCGGAGCUGUCGGACCCGGAGCUGCGGGUGAGGUUCGGCACCGUCGCCCGACGCAAGGAGUCGUGGCUCGGCAGGGCGAUGGACAUGGACGAGGCGUGGGCGGCGUGGGACAAGACCGUCGGCUGCGCCGCCUUCCGAAGCAAGCACGCAGAUCUCAUCGCCCAGUACCUGAACGACACGUGGCCCAAGAGCAGCAGCUUCCAGGAUGCUUCCUCCCUGCCGUGCUCUGCUCUCAAGCUGCCCCAUGUCUCCAUCCAGUCACCGCCUCUCAUCCACGCAGCAUCGCGGCCGUCCAGCUGGCGCGAGCGCAUUGGAGCGCUGAUGCGGCGCAUGGCGCACAGCAUGGGCAGCCGCAGCAACAACAUGAAAGAGGAGGAGGCGGACGUGCUGGACACGUACAGCAUGUGCACCUAUGCGGGGCCGCACGGUCAGAGAGUGGGGUCGCAUGAACAAGGGAAGGGGGCAAAGAAUGAAAGCAAAGGUGGCGAGGUGAAGCGCAUGGGUGGGUCUGCAGCGACAGUAGCAGCAGCAGCACAGCGAGGCAUGGGAAAGGGAGCAGCAGGAGGCGGAGGGGUAGGAGGCGAGGGAGGAGGAGGAAGGGGAGGAGGCGGAGGAGGAGGAGGAAGAGGAGGAGGAGGAGGAGGAGGAGGAGGAGGAGGAGGAGGAGGAGGAGGUGGUGGUGGUGGUGGUGAUGGUGGUGGUGGUGGUGGUGGUGGUGGUGGUGGUGGUGGUGGUGGUGGUGGUGGUGGUGGUGGUGGUGGUGGUGGUGGUGGUGGUGGUGGUGGUGGUGGUGGUGGUGGUGGUGGUGGUGGUGGUGGUGGUGGUGGUGGUGGUGGUGGUGGUGGUGGUGGUGGUGGUGGUGGUGGUGGUGACAAUGGUGAGUCACGCGAGGAGCGCGGCUUCGUAACUGAAAAGUUCUUCCACGCGUUGGAAGCAGGCACAGUGCCGGUGUACUAUGGGGCGCCGGACAUAGACAGCUUUGCCCCCCCCGACUCGUUCCUGAACGCCGAUUCAAUGCAUCGGGACGAGCUGCGGCGCACCAUAGUGGCGGCUGCUGAGGACCCCGUGAAAUAUGCCAACUUCCAUGCCUGGCGCAGUGAACUCACCGUGCUGAACUCGUCGGCCGUCGAUCCCGCCGCCGACUCCGCUUAUCCGCCCGACAUGCGCGACUCUUCUCGAGCAACGCACGCGCACGCGCACGUGUACACAUCCCCACUCGAAACCCUAGAUUCCUCCAUAGCCAUCCUCGGCGGGUGGCAUGGGCAACCCGCGCAGCACUCCGCUUCCCCCUCCGCCUCCUCGCUCCCGCGCUCGUCCUCCGCGGGCGGCGCGGGGACCGCCAUAUGGGACGCGUCGGUCGUUGACGUGCGCGCGUAUCUCGAGGCGGUCGAGCGCUUAUUCGACCUAAUCGACGCCGCGAACAUGCCCGGCGCGCCGCCCGGGAUGGGCGGCGUGCGCGAGACGGCUAAAGCAAUGCUGAACAACGUCGUGCCGCGGCUUGAGGAGGGCUUUCUGCACGUGCUGCUCGCGGAGAGCCACCCCGUGCCGCCCGAUCGGGUCAACGAAGCCGCCAAGCGCGUAUCCAAGCCCCCGCGCUCCUCCGCGCCGCUCUCCCCCUCCGCAGCCGCCACUCCUGUCGCCUCCUCUUCCCCCUCCUCCUCCCCCUCGUCCGCGUCCCUCGCGGUCUCCGCGCUCGACCGCGCGCCCUCCUUCCUCCCCGAGCCCGCCGUGUGGCGCCUCCACGCCAUUGCGCGCGUGGCUGCACGCGCGGGGCUCUCCCCCUCUCUCCGGCGGAACUACCGCACCGUGCGCAAGGCGGUGUUAGAGGAAUCUCUGAAGCAGCUAGCAGCAGGGAGGUUCGACCCACGGCUGGUGCCGACACUGGAGUGGGAUGAGCUGGCAGCGCGGGUGGACCUGUGGAAGGCGUACGCGCGGAGGGGCGUGCGCGUGCUGCUCGCCGCUGAGAGGAAGCUCUGUGAACGGGUCUUCGACACGGUGGAGGACAGCGAGCAGUGUUUCGCGGAGACAGCCAAGGGCAGCAUGGGGCGGCUGUUUGACUUCGUGGAGGCAUUCGCGGCGGGGCACAAGGCGCCGGAGCGCCUCUUCGCCAUGCUUGACAUCUACGAGACGCUGCAGGAGCUGCAGCCGGAUUUCAACGCGGUUGUGUGCGGCAACGGUGCGUGCCGCAGUGUGCGAAACGAGCUGUCGGUGGUAUUAAGCUACGUGGGCGUGGCAGUGAGAGGCAUCCUCGCUGACUUUGAGCGAAACAUAGAGCAGGAGGACAGCCGGCCCCCUCCCGCCGGCUCCGUGCACGGACUCACCAGCUACGUCGUCAACUACCUUGGCUUGCUCUUUGAAUACAGUGACACUAUUAAUAAGCUGUAUAGUAGCAGUGGGAACGCGGUGGUGGUGCCGGUGCCCAAGCUGCUGCGGCUGAGGUCGGACGAGGAGGAGGAGGAGGAGUUUGAGGAGGAGGAGGUGCAGGGGGAGGAGGAGGGGGAGGAGGGCGGAGUGGUGGGGGAGGAUGGGAAGCGGUACUGGGGGGAGCCGCAGGAGGAGUAUCGCGAGGUGGGGCGAAAGAUCAGGGGGAUUCUGAAGGUCCUGGAGGCGAAGCUUCUGGGAAAGGCGCUGACGUACCGGGAUGCAGGGCUGGCACACUUUUUCAUGAUGAACAACGUGCAGUACAUUGCGCGCAAGGUGAAGGGGUGUGAGCUGCGCAUGCUGGUGGGGGAUGACUGGAUCAGGGACCGGGCAGACACGGCACAGCAGCAGGCCAACGAGUACCUCAAGGUGGCGUGGAACCGCGUGGUGGCACCGCUCAGAGAGGUCCCCACCACCUCCUUCCUCAACCCCAAGGGCUCGCUCAAGGUAAUCCCAAGGGCUCCCUAA